AUGGGUGUGUCUCCAAAAUGGCUCUCUGUGGUUCUUUUCUUGAGCAUUGUCUUCCAUGUGAUCGUAGUUACGCUUGGAGAUGGUAAGGUUGACAAAACUAGAUUUGGAGAUGAUGGUUGUCGAUUUGGAGGACCUCACUGUGGUGGUGGCCGCUUUGGUGGUGGGCGUUUUGGUGGUCGUCGUGGUGGUGGAUUUGGGCAUGGUGGAGGUCUAGGAGGAGGGGGAGGGCUGGGGGGUGGUGGUGGAUUGGGGCAUGGUGGAGGUUUAGGAGGAGGAGCUGGAGGAGGAGGAGGAUUUGGUGGAGGUGGAGGUGGAGGUCUUGGUGGUGGUUCAGGUCAAGGUGGGGGAUUUGGAGCUGGGGGUGGUGUUGGUGGUGGUGGUGCUGCUGGAGGAGGUGUUGGUGGAGGUGGCGGCUUUGGUGGGGGUGGUGGAGGUGGUGUUGGAGGCGGGGCAGGCCAUGGUGGAGGGUUUGGAGCUGGUGGAGGGACAGGUGGGGGUGCUGCUGGAGGAGGUGUUGGUGGAGGUGGUGGCUUUGGUGGGGGUGGUGGAGGUGGUGUUGGAGGCGGGUCAGGUCAUGGUGGAGGUUUUGGAGCUGGUGGAGGCAUAGGUGGUGGCGCAGGAGGUGUUGGUGCUGGAGGUGGAGGCGGAGGAGGAGGUGGCGGAGGCGGAGGUGGUGGGGUUGAGGGUGGUUCAGGUCAUGGUGGAGGUUUUGGAGCUGGAGGUGGUGUAGGUGGUGGAGCUGGAGGUAUCGGUGGAGGAGGAGGUGGUGGUGGAGGAGGUGGGGGAGGAGGCGGUGGUGCCGCUGGAGGAUCCGGCCAAGGUGGAGGAUUCGGAGCUGGCGGUGGCGUAGGAAGCGGAGCUGGUGGAGGUGUUGGAGGGGGAGGAGGAUUUGGAGGUGGAGGUGGUGGUGGUGUAGGUGGAGGAUCAGGCCAUGGUGGCGGUUUCGGCGCUGGUGGAGGUGUAGGAGGUGGUGCGGGUGGAGCUGGUACAGGUCUAGGUGGUGGAGCUGGUGCAGGUCAUGGAGCUGGCGGUGGAGUAGGAAUUGGAAUUGGCAUUGGCAUAGGCAUUGGAGUAGGAGCUGGAGCAGGUGCAGGACAAGGAUCUGGUACUGGCUCCGGCAGUGGUGGUGGCGGAGGACGGUGA